CCAACUAAUUUUGUAAUUUUUUUUAAGAAUCAGUUACCAGUUUGAUCAAUUUUGCAUAAAUUUUCCAGUUCCGAGUUAAUGGUCAGUAUGAAAUUUGUAUUCUGAUUUCUGCAGAUCCAUAUGCAAAACUUCUAAUAGACGCCAUGAAAAGUUCAGGAUGUGUCAUUGAUAAGGAUCGUCAUUUUUCCUGUGAAGAUUGUGAUGGAACAGUCAGUGGAGGUUUUGAUGCUGAAAUAUCACAGAUUGUUUUAUGCCAGAAUAACAUCCAUCAACAAAAACACAUGAAUCGGGUUGUUACCCAUGAAUUAAUACACACGUUUGACCACUGCCGUGCACAUGUCGAUUGGUUCCAUAAUAUCAAACACCUGGCAUGCUCAGAGAUCCGAGCCGCUAAUCUCAGUGGUGAAUGUACCUUUGGGAAUGAAUUGCUUCGAUUCAACUUUGGUCUAAAGGAACAUCAUCAAAAGUGUGUGCGGGAGCGAGCCCUCCGUUCCAUCCUAGCCGUUCGUGAAAUCAGUAAAGAAGCUGCAACAAAAGCUGUCGAUGAGGUUUUUGAUACCUGUUUUAAUGACCUUGAACCUUUUGGAAGAAUUCCACAUAAUAAAAAAGAUGCAAAAUAUGCCUAUAGGGAGUUUCAAAACCGGAAUCGAUAUUACGCAAAUAUUUGAUAAAAUGUCAGGCCUCCGAGUAAUUGUGAUAAUUAAUUUGUAAUAUUUUUUAAUGACGCAUAGAUGCUAAAAUAUCAAUUAUUAGCGUGUUUUAAAAAUGGGAGAUUUUCCAUGAGUACCUUUUUCAGUUAACAGAAAAGUGUAGAUCCUUUUGCAAUUUGUUUUGACCUUGUCCGACUUUUGUCACUUUGUUAGUUUUAUUAAUGUUGUUCCACGUUCAGUGUUUGUGACCAUUUUGCAUAUUAUAAUUACCAUAAGAUAAUCUAAUUUAUAUUUGAUAAAUUAGUAUAAUUUAAUUGAAAGUGACUACAGAGGACUUUCAUUGUUUAAACUGCCAAUCCAAACAAAGGGAUAUUUGUUUAUUCAUGUUAGUUAAAAGCUUAAACAUUCAUUAUAUUGCCCUUUACCAAAGACAAACCAUAGUGUUGAGACAGCUCAAGGAAUAACAAAGUGAGAUAUUGAGCUAGACCUAGGGAAAGUCCUUGUUAUAUUACCCUGCGCUGGCUGCAUUACCUGGAUUAAUUUGAAGAUGCAAUGAGUCCAAGUUUGGCUCGGGUAUUUAGUCUAGUUUGCUUCCAUACUUGGAUUUGGGUUGAAGAGAAAAAUAAAUCUAUCUUGGAUUUGGAGCUGCGCAAAGUGAAAUGGCCUGUCAAUAGUGUGUUCAUACUCAGCAGGGAAGAAUGACUGUUCCUCAAGAUACUAGAGCAUUGCUCAUAAAACAUGAGGAAUGCUCCAGGAUAACAGCUAUCCGAAGUGAGGACUCAGCCAAGAAAGAGCAAUCUAAAACCAAUGGAACAACUUGCAUUAAUUGAUAUUUUACAGACAAAGUAAAGACAUAUAUUUGAAGGUCUUUUGGAUAGAUACAGCUGUUUUACCCAGUUGAUUGCCAAUUUAUGAUUUAUUUUGUCCAUGUCUUGUUAAGUUUUGACAUUCUAUGUUAUGCAGAACCAGAAAAGAAUAAAUAAUUUAACUGCACACAUGGCAGAGAGACUAAAUUAUGUAUCUGUGUAUGUGAACAAGCAGGUUACCAAAUACCUAACAGUCUGCUGUAUGAGACAUUGCAAGGAUAGGUAAUGUUAUUUAUAACUGAGCAAAUGUACAAUUCUAAGAAAUACAACAAUAUUAAAACAUAUUUUCUUCCCAA